GUUCUAGCGCACCGAAGACGAGAUUAGCUGUCUGGAAAAUCUAGUCAGUUCGACACAAAAACAUUUUUCUUUCUAUUUGUUUAAUCCCACCUCCAGUCGCGUUAGUUGUUUCACAUUUCAAAGCGCAUUGGUGUUUAUUGCCGGAAUCCAGCUGGAGAAUGGCUGCCGCUGAAGUGAACGGUAGUUCUGCCCUGCUGAAGGAGGAAGAAGAACCCAUGGAUGUUACAGGACCACUUACGGAGAACUACCAGACACUGAUUAACGCUGGACUCUCACAGAAUGUUGCUGAAAAUCUGGAUAACAUCUUUCAGACAGGCCUGGUAGCGUAUGCUGAAUUGGAUGAGAGGGCUAUCGAUGCUCUCCGUGAGUUCAGUGAAGACGGAGCACUCGCUGUGCUUCAACAGUUCAGAGAGAGUGACCUGUCUCAUGUACAGAAUAAGAGCGCUUUUCUUUGUGGAGUGAUGAAAACUUACCGACAGAGAGAGAAGCAAGGUAACAAAAUACAAGAGUCCACUAAAGGGCCAGAUGAGACAAAAAUAAAGGCUCUUUUGGAGCAAACAGGAUACACAUUGGAUGUCACCACAGGGCAGAGGAAAUAUGGAGGCCCUCCACCCGAGGAGGUUUUCAAAGGAUUACAACCAGGGAUUGGGACAGAGGUGUUUGUGGGAAAGAUCCCAAGGGACUUGUACGAGGAUGAGUUGGUGCCACUCUUUGAGUCUGCUGGGCCCAUCUGGGACCUCAGAUUAAUGAUGGACCCACUUUCUGGUCAGAAUAGAGGUUACGCCUUCAUCACAUUCUGCAAUAAGGAUGAUGCACAAAAAGCUGUGAAGCUUUGUGAUAACUACGAAAUCCGUCCUGGCAAGUAUUUGGGAGUAUGCGUGUCUGUUGCCAACAAUCGCCUCUUUGUUGGCUCUAUCCCAAAGAACAAGACCAGAGAAAGUAUAUUGGAAGACUUUGGGAAAGUUACAGGUCAAUUUCUAGAGGGUCUCCAAGAAGUGAUCUUGUACCACCAGCCAGAUGAUAAGAAGAAGAACAGAGGUUUCUGUUUCCUGGAGUAUGAGGACCACAAGUCUGCCGCACAGGCCCGUCGCCGCCUCAUGAGUGGCAAGGUCAAAGUGUGGGGUAAUCCAGUGACUGUGGAGUGGGCAGACCCUGUCGCUGAGCCAGACCCUGAAGUUAUGGCAAAGGUAAAAGUGCUCUUUGUAAGAAAGCUGGCCACUGCAGUGACCGAAGAGCUCCUUGAAAAGACCUUCUCUCAGUUUGGAAAGCUGGAGCGAGUGAAGAAAUUGAAAGACUACGCUUUCGUUCAUUUUGAAGAAAGGGAAUCUGCUGUAAAGGCUAUGGAUGAGAUGAAUGGGAAAGAGCUCGGCGGGGAUGAAAUCGAGAUUGUCUUGGCCAAACCUCCGGAUAAGAAGAGGAAAGAGCGGCAAGCAGCUCGGCAGACAUCGAGGAGUGCUGGAUAUGACGACUACUAUUACUACCAAGCUCCGCGCAUGCCACCAGGGCGUGGCAGAGGUCGUGGUAGUCGUGGGGGGUAUUCCUAUCAAACAGAUUACUAUGGCUAUGAAGACUAUUACGAUGACUACUAUGGCUACGACUAUCAUGACUAUCGUGGGGGCUAUGAAGACCCUUACUAUGGCUACGACGAUCUAUACAGCAGCAGGGGUCGUGGCAGUCGCCCCAGUAGGGGCGGGCCAACUCCAUCCAGGGCCCGCGGUGUGCCACCGACCCGAGGAAGAGGGGGCUACUCCCAGAGAGGGCCACCCCUCGGAGUGCCGAGGGGUAGCCGAGGAGGGCGGGGGACCCCGUUCCAGCCGCAGAGGGGCCGCGGGCCUCGUGGGGCCCGGGGCAAUCGCGGGGGGAAUGUUGGAGGCAAGAGGAAGGCAGAUGUGUUUAACCAGCCCGACUCCAAGCGUCGCCAGACCAACAACCAACAGAACUGGGGGUCCCAGCCCAUCGCCCAGCAGCCACUGCAGCAAGGGGCCGACUAUUCCGGUAACUAUGGUUACAGUAAUGACACCAUGGAGUUUUCACAGGAUUCUUAUGGGCAGCAGUGGAAGUAAAGACACCACAAGAUUUUGGCUGUAGGAUGGCAACCAAAAAAAAUUGAUUGGCCAUAUUUGUUGAUUGACUUUUUAUUCAUUGCCCCUCAUUAAUUACAAAUCUGUUUGUUGUUAAGAAAAAAAGCCCCUAGAAUUGGCUCGAGAUCAUUACAGGUCCAGCCUGGAAAGGCUGAAGAAUGAAGGUUAAGUUGUGGUGAAUAAUUUACCCCCCAAAAAAAGUCAUGUGUAUUGUUACUUUUUCUUCCUGAUUACCUAAAACUCAACAGUGAACAUUACCCAAAGUGGACAUUCAUUGUCUGUAGUCUGAGAAGACAUCCCAAAAAAAAAAAGAAAAAAGACAUUGCCUUGCAGGACAUUUGUGUCCGUUUCCCUUUCCUUCCCCUCUUGUACUUCCUUUAUUUGUGCUUCUCGUGGCAAAAGUACACCAGGCACGUAGAUGGCAUGACAGAGCUGUAAUAGAAUACUUAUUUGAUUUGAUUGAACUGAAAUAACUCUACAAACGGGAGUUGGAGCCAUACGAUUACAUGCUCCUCUGGAUGACAUGGGAAUGUGUACAGUAGAAGAUAAUAGUCUGAAGAAAUAAAGGCAGCUUUCUUAGUUAUUUGCUGUGUCUGUUUUAUACAUGCUUGGUGUAUUUUUAGCAUCAUAGUUGCUUAGGGACUUGCUUGUAUAUAAAUGCUUAUGGUUAGAGCUUCAGAGUUCAUUUUUCUUUUUGAAAAGGUGGAGAAAAGAAUCCACAAAAGAGGAAAACGACAUUUUGUAAGUGUAUGCUUAGCAUUUCUAGAGAGCAUCAAAUUGUGAUUUUUAUUUCAAUUGAUACCAUCAUUUCCUGUUUUCUUUCAAAUUGCCCAAUAGAAUAUGGUUUGGCUUACCUUAAGAGCCAAUAGCAGUUUGUUCUCUGAUGUUAUUUGUAUUUAUACCUUCUACAUCUGUUCCGUUUCAAUAAAACUCAGCUGAGAAUCAA